AUGUUCUCCAACUUGUCCAACAUCGUUCAGAAAGCUCAGCAGCUUAUCGAUCCUACACAGGGCCUCAAUCUAUCCAGUUCCGAUCGUAAUCCGUCCAAGUCGUCUCUAUUCCAAAGUCAAUUCCGUCUGCCCGCUUCUCAAACGCCCCUCUACGAGAUCAAUGCCGAGCUUACCAUCCCACCUUCCAACGCUACCCACGGCGAUAAAGACCAUGAUCGAGGAUGGCAUUAUGCUGGAAAGCUGCACCUGUCUGAGCACUACAUGUGCUUCUCGACAACUCCUACUAGUUUUGUCCAAUCCGCCAGUACUUCAACAUCAGCCGCGUUUACUGGACAGACACACGGUGGAGGACCCAGCGGCAAUGGCUUCACAUUUCCCCUCUGUGCUAUACGAAGAGUCGAGCGAUUGAAUAGUCAGAACUUUCAGUUCGCGCUCGCCUUGACUACUUGGAAUGGUCUUCACGCUGAGACCCCGAAAGAUAGAGACCCAAAAGAUAAGAAGGACCCCCGAGAACAACGCAUCACGAUCCAUCUCGCAGGAACCAGGCAGUCAUGCGAACGCUUUUGUGAUGGCCUCAAGAAGGGCUUGAGGGCAGGUGUCGGGCAGGUUGCCAAACUACGACGAGUCGCUGCUGAAUGUUACUCCGAGCAUCUCCUGAGAACAGAAGAUAGGAAGAACGUCCCCCCGCCAGAUGCUGGUCUAGGAAUGCUUUUUCGGUAUCCGGGUGAUCCCAAGAAGCUCCGCGACAGGGCGAAAAUGCGCCUUUGGGCCGAGUAUCUGCGCGACAAUGGCAGGAACUUUACGUUGAUUCGUCAACCGACCUUCCAUAAACUCAUUCGUGUUGGUUUGCCCAACCGGCUGAGGGGCGAGAUCUGGGAGCUCACGUCUGGCUCAAUUUAUCUGCGUCUGGAAAACCCAGCGCUUUUUACUGACACUCUAGCCAAGUUCGAGGGCCAGGAGUCGCUUGCUAUUGACGAGAUCGAAAAGGACCUCAACCGAAGUCUCCCAGAGUAUCCAGGUUUCCAAAGCGAGGAUGGCAUCAACCGCCUACGACGAGUUUUGACCGCCUACAGCUGGGUUAAUGCUGAUGUAGGAUACUGCCAGGCUAUGAACAUCGUGGUGGCUGCGUUGUUGAUUUACAUGUCUGAAUCACAAGCUUUCUUUCUUCUCUCCACCCUUUGUGACAGACUCGCCCCCGGAUAUUACUCCACGACUAUGUAUGGUACACUGCUUGAUCAGAAAGUAUUUGAAUCCCUGGUGGAGAGAACGAUGCCUAUCCUUUGGGACCACCUUGUCAAAAGCGAUGUACAGCUGUCUGUUGUCUCGCUUCCUUGGUUCCUGUCACUAUAUAUUAACUCGAUGCCCCUUGUCUUCGCCUUCCGUGUCCUGGACGUAUUCUUUGUCGAGGGGCCAAAGGUAUUGUUCCAGGUCGGACUGGCAAUCCUCCGAAUCAAUGGAGAGGAGUUGUUGGAUGCGACAGACGAUGGGGCCUUCAUCUCCGUUCUGAAGGCAUACUUCUCCCGCUUAGAUGAAUCGGCUCAUCCCAAGUCAGAAAACCCCAAGCUGCGCGCUGUGACGCGUUUCCAGGAACUUAUGGUCGUGGCUUUUAAGGAAUUUGCCGGAAUUACGCACAGUAGCAUCACAGAGCUACGCUUGAAGAACAAGGAUGCCGUUCUCAGUAACAUUGAGAAUUUUGCCAAGCGGACAGCUAUUCGCAAUCUGGGCCCCGAAAGCAAACUGCUAGGUACCGACGAGCUCGGUGCAUUGUAUGAUCGUUUUUACAGUAUUCUGUACGAACGCCAACAACGGGAUCAUAUGAUUCAACAAGACAAAAUACGAAAGGCCAAGACAAGUAGAAUGCGGGCAUCUGAGAUAUUCGCAACCCACCACGACGCAGUCGAGAAGGGACGAGUGGGUUUAGGACCAAGCACAAGUCUUAUGGACUAUGAUGCGUUCCGCGAAUUCCUUGCCAGUAUGUCGAAAUGGGCUAUCUCAGACUCACCAGGAGCAACAAAAUACGGCAAUUACGAAGAUCGACAAAACAUGUUUCAUAGCGCUAGACGAGCGUCUGAGGUCAUCUCACCUUGGGGCAAUGGGCCUGAGCCUGCUGAUCACGAAUUUCUGCACCGCCUGUUUAAGAAGUGGGACGUAGAUAGUACCUCUGCCUUGACUCUACAGAAUGUUGUCACAGGCUUGGCCAAGAUCAAAGGGAGACGCGACAUCAUGGGCACCAUCACAUACUUCUUCGAGUUAUACGACGAUGACGACGAUGGCAAGGUUGACCGCGAAGGUAUCCUGCGAAUAUCCGAAGCUUUGUUGUUCCUUUCACGCAGGGGUCUUGAAGGCACGUUGAGUCCUGGCUCAAGUAGCACUCUAGAGAGUGAUUCAGCAAGUGGUCAGGAAUCGCAGGCUAGCUUAGCUCCUGGUAUCUCGACUAAUGAGCGGUUCUUGGGAAGUGUGAGCGCCUUCAUACGUCGAUGUUUCGAGUACGCCGACCCAGCUAGCGGACACGACGAGUCUUCUGCCGUGUCUGACGACGAAACCUCAAAAGACGACGCAUUUGCAAUAGGAGACGACGAUGACGACGAAGAAGAUCUCUUGGGUCUUGAGUCUCCAACCGGUUCACCAACAAAGGCCAAGAAGCCCAGUCUCUCUUCGGAAAGUUCCUUAGAUACUCCGCGAGACCCUGAAGCAGUUUCACGACGUAGGGUGUCAAAGGCCAAAUCUGAGGCAGCAAAUGCGGCGCUAGAUCCUGCCCACCCUCUGCAUCUCACUCUGCCAACAUUCCGCAUGGUAGUGUUGGCUGAUGAGUUGCUUGAGCAGUUCUUCGAGUCGUCAUUCCCUGCAUCCUUCCAUAUCAUUGAAGGACUGCCCAACGCGGCACCCUCAGCGCACUCCCUCACAACGUUCUCCAGUCUCGGCUUUGGGGCUAGACCUCCUGUUCCCUCGCCGGUCGGCCCUCCUGGAGCAGGACGUGGUCUGCGCGGCGUGCUUGACAAUAUUGUUACGGAUGGAAUGCGUGUCGCCACCGAAGUUAGAAGACGUAUGGAUGAGGCACAGAAGGAACUUGAGAAGAAUGCCCUGCCUGGACAACGCCCCGAGGACGAUGAUGAAGAUGAUGAUGACCUUGGAGUUGAAGUUGGUGUGAGGAAGGGACCCUCUACCAGCAGCACAGAUGUGGAAGGACGGUCUGUCAGGAGCUCUGACAGGGACCUACUAGAUGGGGCAGAUGCAGAAGCAGGCGCAUCAGCCAAGUCUCAAGAGCCGAGCUUGCUCGAUGUUAAUACGAGUGACGGUCGACCGCGCGCUGGUACAGCGACUUCUACAGCAUCAACAGGGGGGUCAGCGGUGGUGGAAUUUGAAGGUUAG